CGGGGUUGGGCUGGAAAGGUGGAGGAAGUGACGUCAGGGAGAGGGCCGCGCGCGCGGAGUCUGCUGGGUAAAAGCCUCCGAACGGCGGGGGUUCGGUUCUGGUUCCGGGUCAGAGGUGAGGAGUUGCCGGGCCACGAUGCUGAUCAAAGUGAAGACGCUGACCGGGAAGGAGAUCGAGAUCGACAUUGAGCCCACAGACAAGGUGGAGCGGAUAAAGGAGCGUGUGGAGGAGAAGGAGGGGAUCCCACCCCAGCAGCAGCGUCUCAUCUAUAGCGGCAAGCAGAUGAACGACGAGAAGACUGCAGCCGACUACAAGAUCCAGGGUGGCUCCGUCCUCCACCUGGUCUUGGCUCUGCGGGGGGGGCAGCUACGGUGAUGGGACCCCCCUACUGGAGCGACAGAGCCCCCCACAAGCACCCCCUGCUCUGCUAGCACUGUCCGGAUGGCUGCUUCCCCCUCCCCCAUGGACUCUCAGUGUGGGUGGCCGUCCGUGGGGGGCUGGGGUGGCGUGGUUGUAGCAGUGGCCAGCGCUCGGGGGUCCCCGUUGGUGUCUUGUUCCUUGUGUUUGGAUCGCUGAGUGUUAAUAAAGGUGUCUCAGUGCA